AUGGUGAAGACCGAGGCAUCCUUACCGUCUCCUCCAUCCGAGUCAGCUUCGGCAGUCCCUCUCGAUUCCUCAAUCCGCACUUCUCCCAUCCACCCAGACCUCACGGAGAUCCAAGUCCCAGAGGAGCCAUUACCAGCCUACCGCUACCACCCGGUCACAUGUCAGCCGAUUGAAGAACAGGAUUUUCAAGCUGAGCUCGAGAAGCUGCGCCAAGAAUUCCCUACAAAAGAAACUGCUCUGAGGGCCCAGGAGCAGGCUGCCAAAGAAGUGAAAAGGACCCUGGAGGAGGCCGAUAAGAGGAAAGGGGAUAUUCAAAGGGCCAUGGAUAAGAAGACCAAGGAACGCGACACAGAAAUGAAGGUCUUGUCCAAGUACCAGGAAGUCAAGGCGUCAGAUAUUCCGGCCUGA